AUGAGGCGGAAGGAGAAGAGGCUGCUGCAGGUCGCCGGGCUGCUCGUCGCGGCUCUGCUCUUCCUGCCGAACGUGGGGCUGUGGUCCCUGUACCGGGACCGGGUCUUCGACAACUCUCCGGACGCGGUGGAGGGUCCGGGCGGACUGCCGCCGGUACAGAUGGUGAAUCGGCAGGGGAAGGACGCUCCGAUGGGACGCGACGUCACGCAGAGGAAAGACUGGCACGACUACGAGGCGAUCCGCCGAGACGCCGCCCGAUCCGGUAACGGCGAGCAGGGGAAGGCGUUCCCCCUGACGGACGCUGACCGGGUGGACCAGGCCUAUCGGGAAAACGGCUUCAACAUUUACGUCAGCGACCGGAUUUCGCUCAACCGCUCCGUCCCCGACAUCCGGCACCCGAACUGUAAAAAGAAGCUGUACUUGGAGAAGCUGCCCAACACCAGCGUCAUCAUCCCGUUCCAUAACGAGGGCUGGUCGUCUCUGCUGAGGACCGUCCACAGCGUGCUGAACCGCUCUCCUCCACAGCUCAUCGCAGAGGUCAUCCUGGUGGACGACUUCAGCGACAAGGAGCACCUCAAGGCGGCGCUGGAGGAGUACAUGAUGCGGCUGCCGAAGGUCCGCAUCCUGAGGACCAAGAAGAGGGAGGGCCUGAUCAGGACGCGGCUGCUGGGCGCCGCCGCCGCGAAGGGGGAGGUCAUCACCUUCCUGGACUCCCACUGCGAGGCCAACGUCAACUGGCUGCCUCCCAUGCUGGAUCGAAUCGCCCAGAACAGAAAGACCAUCGUGUGUCCCAUGAUCGACGUCAUCGACCACGACAACUUCGGCUACGAGACGCAGGCGGGCGACGCCAUGCGGGGCGCCUUCGACUGGGAGAUGUACUACAAGCGGAUCCCCAUCCCGGCCGAGCUGCAGAAGAGCGACCCCAGCGAGCCCUUCGAGUCUCCGGUGAUGGCCGGCGGACUCUUCGCCGUGGACAGGAAGUGGUUCUGGGAGCUGGGAGGAUACGACACCGGCCUGGAGAUCUGGGGAGGAGAACAGUACGAGAUCUCAUUCAAGGUGUGGAUGUGCGGGGGACGGAUGGAGGACAUCCCCUGCUCCAGGGUGGGACACAUCUACCGGAAGUACGUCCCGUACAAAGUCCCCGGCGGCGUCAGCCUGGCCAGGAACCUGAAGCGAGUGGCCGAGGUCUGGAUGGACGAGUACGCCGAGUACAUCUACAAGCGUCGGCCGGAGUACCGCCACCUGUCGGCCGGAGACAUGACGGCGCAGAAGGAGCUGAGGAACCGGCUCAACUGCAAGAACUUCCGCUGGUUCAUGAACGAGGUGGCCUGGGAUCUGCCCAAACACUACCCGCCGGUGGAGCCCCCUGCUGGAGCCUGGGGGGAGAUCCGUAACGCCGGCAGCAACUUGUGUCUGGAGAGCAAACACUUUGUGUCCGGGACCCCGAUCCGCCUGGAGAACUGCCUGAAGGGCCGGGGCGAAGUGAGCUGGGGCCACGGACAGGUCUUCACGUUCGGCUGGAGGGAGGACAUCCGGGUGGGCGAUCCCAUGCACACCAAGAAGGUGUGUUUCGACGCCGUGUCCCACCACAGCCCCGUCACCCUGUACGACUGCCACGGCAUGAGGGGCAACCAGCUGUGGCGCUACAGGAAGGACAAGAGUCUGUACCACCCGGUCAGUAACAGCUGUGUGGACAGCAACGCGGCCGAGCGCCGCCUCUUCAUGAACACGUGCGACCCGUCGGCGCCCAGCCAGCAGUGGCUGUUCGAGAGGACCAACGCCACCGUGCUGGAGCGCUUCAACCGCGGCGGACACUGAGGCCCGUGGACCGGGACCGGGACCGGGAUCUGCCGCUGCUGCUGCAGGGCUUGGUGGUGGCGGGGGCGCUGUCUGGGUUCGCGGGGGCGGAGCCUCUGGUUGACGGGUGUCUUUUAAAGGGAAACGCUCUGGCGGGGUCGCAGCAGUGGCUCCAUCACUCCUCCUGCUUCACUUUCUUUACAUUAUCACUUCUUUUUUUUGUCUGGUGCCUCUCCACCUCUCUCUCUCCAUCCAUCUACCUCCAUCUUUACCAUCCAGCACCAGGUUCAUCAGUCUGCCUCGUCCUCCUCCUCCUCCAGGUGGUGCAGUCAGACCUCAUAUGGCCCGAGUCCUCCACCCAACAGCCACACAACACAAACUGAGUCUUCAGUUUCAAAGCAGUGAUCAUCUGAACUCAACACAAUCUGUCAGAGUGGAGCGAAACUCAGAUAAAUUAAUGAAUCUCGGUCUUUAUCUCCAUAUUAUAGAUUGACUGUAUGCUAGACUGUGUGGAUUCCAUCCUGGGAAGGUUUUUGGUUUUUCCGUGGACUACAGAGAUGUAGAUGUCAAGUUUUAUUGGAGACGCCAAAGUUCCUCUCUGGACGCUUAUUUCAACAUGUUUGUGUAAAAUACAGGGAGAGAAGACGCCGUCAUGCUGGUGUUUGUAGUGCUCCAGUGGGACCACGGCGAUCUGACUGCACCACCGGGGGGGUCGGUGGGUCCAUGUGCCCCCGUCCCCCCCGCCGCCGCCAUCGCCGCCGUCUGUACACAGUUCAUCAGUCUCCAGAGCGAGCCGGUCACACCCGGCCGGCCGCCGCGCGGCGCGAGUCUUUCAGCAAACACCGCCGCAUGACUGGCCCUGUGACUGGCAGCCCACCUGAGCCACAGCGGGCCGCCUGAUUGGACGGCCGCCCUGCUCACACAGGAGGUUAGGGGAUGAGGAGGAGGAGGAGGGGCAGCAGGAAGAGGAAGAUGGAGUCUGGGAGUUUAAAAUGCAUCAAGCACUUAUGGAACGAUAAACUUGAAUGAAAUCGUAGUGCCUUGUUGGUGGGCGACUAGGGUGUGUGUGUGUGUGUCCGCAUGUGUGUGUGUGCGUGUGUGCGCAUGUGUGUGUGAGUGUAACACAUGUAGCUGCUGGCUGAGAAAUGAGACUUCUAGUUAUUCCGACUUUGAAAGGUUGAGGGAGAAAACCUCUGUUGUGUUGUAAUCGCGACGCCGAGCUGUUGUUCAAUCCAAAGUACUUCAAAGGGAACGGGAGUGAAUGUCGCUGUGUAAAUCCUCUUUCUUUCUUUAAAUGAAAUGUUCUUGUUUCUUUGUUUCUGUGGGUCCUGAUCCUGUGCUCCAGAUCCUGUUCUGGGAUGUUCCGGGAUGUUCUGCUCUGCUGCUCACACCUCUCCUCUAAUCCGAUUUGGUGGAAGCCAAACAAUGUGCGGCGUGUCGUAUUGUACUUGGACACAUGCUAACAGCCGGCGCUGAACCACAACGCCGGGUUUCAUCCCCUUCAGAGCUCAGGUCCUGGUUUUAUUUUGUUUUUGUCGGGAUUCUUCAUUCCUAAAGCUACGUUUUAUCAGCGUGUUGCAUCAUCAAAGGUUCCCUAAUCAUCAGGAGAUUAUCGAGGACUAAAAAUGGAACAAACUGAUCUAAUCUCAUCAGAUUUAUGAGAAAAUAUUUUAUUUUCAGAUAAAACUCAUCCACAUCCAGAGUCAGCAUAGAGUAAAGCUGCAGCUGAUCUUUAUUUUCAGCAUUUAUGCUUACUGAAUCCUUUUAUUUAAAAAAAAAAAAAAAGAAAGAAAGAAAAGAAAUAGAAUUUGAGUGAGGUUUUGUAGUUUUUAUUAUCGUCCCUAACGUCAACACAGUACUUCAGCCGGCCACCAGGUGGCGAGUCGGAUCUCCUUCUCCACUGUUCCUGCAGAGAAUAAAGUGUCGUCAGAUGUUUCAGUCAGAAACCGAAGAUGCACAGAAAUCUGAUAAUAACCACUGAAGGAUCACCAACUUGGCCCCUCCCACUCUGAGCCCUUUGCCUUUAGCCCCGCCCACAUGCCAAACCCGACCAAUCAGAACAUGAACAGUUUGUGGUGUGGUUUCUGUGCCGUCUGUUAACAUGCAGCUGCAGCCUGCGACUCGGGGGCGCUUCAUUUUACAUUUUUCCUUUUCUGCCUUCAGAGCUGAAAUACCUGAUAUUUUUUUUUGUUUGUUUGUGCGACUUGAACGAAGCAACAUGUGAACAAUCAGUGACUUCAUGAGCAGAUCGACUUUCUUUUCUCCACUGUUUCCGUCCUGGAUCGUCUUCAUGGCUUCCUUCCUGUUCGAUUGCUGGGAGUCUCUGCUGUACUCAGAUUACAGCUUCACGAGGCCGGGUUUUGUGUUGUUUUUUGUUGUUGUUGUUGUUGUUGUUGUUUUCGGGUUGUCCUUUGGGUGGUUUUCGUUCUUAUUGUGAAGGAUUUUCUCGUACAAACACUGUAAUUGUGGACAGACCUGUAGCCGUGUGGAUCCAGAAAGCAACAUGUCGGGUCGCAGUUUAUUGAAGGACCUGAAGGGAGACUUCAGCAGUUUUGCACAACAGUUUUUGUACGUCUGGAGCAUCUGCAGAGCUCCGGAUUUUAAAUAGAAAAACAUCAGAAAACAUGAGGACAGAUUUCUGCUGAGUUGUCAGGUCUUACCUUUAUUAUUAUUAAGGUUUUUUUUUUUUUAGAAAUAAACCCAUCAAACAGAGCAAAGGGAAGGAAAGUUCAUCUUAAUUUUAUCCUUUCAUAUGAGACAGAUUCUGCUGACUUCAGAGUUUUAGCUUUGAUCUUGGUUACUAUUCAUAAAGAAUGUAAGUAUUUUUCAGUCAUCAGAUCAUCUCCUGCCCUCUAGUGGUCAAAGUCUUCAUACCCCGGACUCAAAUCUGCACGUGUGAAUCUGAAUAGAUUAUGUUUCCAAUCUCUGGCAGACUUUUAAAUGUGGUAGAAAGGUCGGAUAAAUCACUACUAAUUCACCAGAAUAGCUCAGAAAUGCUCAGCAGGUCACUGAGGAAACAAUCAGUCCAGUGAAAAUGCGAGGAGCUCGGCAUGUUUUCACACAGGGUGGGCCCGAUUUGGAGCACAAAGACUUCAACGUCAUCUGCAUAAAGGGUCACAUUCACGGUGAAUCGUGUUGUUCUCACAGCACUAAUAGAAAGAUGUUAAAAAUCGAUCAACUCAUCUUUCCAGAUCGUCUUUUAUUACUAUUUACAGGGUUUUUUAGACUCACGUUUUAAUCAUCAUGUUUCUCUUCUUCACACCAGUUCAGACGAUGCUAUCAGUGACAAGCUAAAUGAUGAAGAAACUGGAGUUAAAGAGGUUUUUUUUUUCCUUUUUCCACCCUCUGUCAGAUCUUUCUAUUUAAAAUCCAGCUCGAAGCAGAGCUGCAGAGAAAAAGCCGGAGCUGAUCUGGUCUCCAGAGAAAUGACCCAACGUGUUGCCGACUGCAUCCACUGAAGUAUCGUUUGUUAAAUGAGCCUUUUCCCUCCUCGUCAGAGUACAUUGUACCUUUCCGUUGCACAUGUGAAGUGUUUGAAGUCUUAAAGGUGAAAGGUCACGCUGGCUUCGCUCCCUCCGAUAUCCUGAUGAGGCCUCUGUGAUCGUUCUGCCUUUUAACCGCAAUAUAUUUGAAUUUCUUCAUGGUUUCCAGUCGUUUCUUCUUCCCCCUGUGAUGAAGCUGUAGACGGAGCGGUGUGACUAAAUCCACUUUUAUAAGAGCGAACGGUUCUUAAUUGGCCGUCCUGUCACACUGUGUGUGUGCGAGUGAGUGAGUGUGUGUGUUUAGGGAAGUGUACAUUUUGUAUCUCCGAUAGAAAAAGAAAAGAAUCUGAAUAUUUUUUUCUACUGACAGUGCACCUGUAAAGUGUAUUUAGUUAUUUAACAGACUGUACAAUUAAACUGGAAUUGUAUGAUAUUUUUGCUGGAAAUUGUAAAAUAAAAGGUUUCUAUAUUUGGA